CGAAGGGGUCCUCCGUUGGCGUGUUCCAAUCUGUGCCUGGAUGCGAGUGUGGAUAAUGUUCAAUCACGGGCACACGAGCUUUAUGGGAUUAUCUGGCUAUGCAGUUGGUCGACUUUCUUGUUUUGCAGACAUUAUUUUCUAGGGAGGCGUUGUCUUGUCUUCAUAACCUUGUGGGUUUUGUUAUCUUUUAUCUUCCAGCUCCUCAUAGGCGCCUCCGGGGCGGUUCGCGAUCAUCCACUAUGACAAACUGGGCGCCGGGUUGCUGCCAGCAGAAAGAGGCCCUCGCUGCAGCGGGUUAUGGAGGUUCAAAGCAGCGCAAGUCGAUGCGCAUCCCUAUCCUUUUCGCAUGGACCCUUUGCAUUCGAUCUCUGAGAAAUGGUCUGAUUAUCGAGAAAAUCCGCACAUUUCCACGAUGGGCCAGAUGUUCGUCACACUUGCCUCGCCUAUCAGAUCUCCCCCAGCACAGUCUUAUCAUCAUAAUCAGAUUUCCCCCACUUUGCUGUGUUCUAAUCUGUUGUCCUUGUUUGUUUAUUUUCGGUUAAAGAGAAUGCAUGGAAUUGUCACUGAGUUUGAACCCAUCCCCCCCAUUUUCCCUUACUUGUUCCCCUAUCUUGUCAGUCACGCGAUCUUAAUAACUAUACAUGUGUCUUUCGCGGCGGAUGCCAAGCCAUAAGAAAGAGAAUCUUGAAGCAGAACUCAUCCUUAUUUCAUUGUCUUCUGAUCACUGCAGUGCUUAUCUUUGCCAUGCUCUCGGUUGCAUG